AUGGGAUAUCACAAAUUAAGGUUAUCUAUGAUGCUUGUCCUUAUUAUUUCGUGCGUUUUAUUCUUUAGUAUCAGCCCUAGCGAAGAAUUAUUUCAGAUGAAAGGACUUGACAGAACGGAAAAGAAUCUAGCAGUUAAUUUGAUGAAGAUAUAUGAAGACACAAAGGUUGAAGAAACUAAUUUUUAUAAAAACUUUGAUAGAGUUCACAACAUGUUUGAGGAAAUAAAGAAGAAAAAGAACAUCAACAAUAAUUAUGAUGAGAAACAUAUAAAAAAAGAAAUAGCAUCUGAUUUAAAUCCAUCCUUAUCUGAAAGUUUUAUGGAAUCACGUUUUAUGGAUUCAAGUUUUAUAGAGAUGCAAUCAAAAGGACCAGUAGAAGAAGAAACAAUAUGGAGAGCUCUAUAUGACACUCAACUAAGAAGAUCCCCACCUAUAGAAGAGAUUCAUGUUUUUUCUUCUGAGGAUGUAAAGAAAGAAUAUGAAGAAGCUAAAAUGGAUUCUUUUAUAUCUCAAAUUGAUAUGAUAAAAUCAGAGUUCGAUAAAAAUUUAAAUUAUAUGAAUACAGAAAUGUUAAGACAAGAAAAUAAAAAGAAUAUAAUGGAAUGUGCAUGUUUGUUUUAUCAUUAUCUAAAACAAAUGAAUAAUAAAAGGACAUAUAAAAAUGAACCUUUAAGAAAGGCAUAUUCAACUAAGAUAUUAUGCUGA